AUCUUCUCCCAUCCUCUCUCUCAUUCGCACAGGCUUCACAAUCUCUCUCUCUCUCUCUCUCUCUCUCUCUCUCUCUCUCUCUCUCUCGUGUUACUUCUAUUUUUAUUUUCAAUUUUUAUUUUCUUUUCCUUUUAAAUUUCUAGUGGUAGUAACAAUCGUUCGCUCCCUCGGCCAAAUUCAAAAUCCUUAUGGCCUUUCACGUCGCUUGCCCAAUUACAUGCCGGCGAAUAUGUUUCUGCACGCUAGGGUUUCCUCGCGAGCUGCAGAGCGACAAGGCGAAGAACGAGUUCCUGGAGCAGGUGGCUAGGGUUGAGGACUUCUUCAAGGAUCCGUGGCUACUUAGGGUUCGAGACGAGGGCGCCACCGUCCAGGUCACCGUUCCCAGGGUGGUCGUGCCGCCGCCGCCACCGGUGCCCGCGGCGACGACGCCUGGAGAGGGGGGAUUGGGGGGUGGGGAUGGAGAGGAUUUGCUGCUGCUGUCGGCGCAGACUAAGCGGGCCGCGAUGCAGAGGAAAGCGGCGGUGGCGUCGAUGGCGGCCGAGGAUUACGCGCGGCGGUUCGAGUCCGGUGCUUUGGCGGAUGCCUCCAUAGAUCUUCCUGCAGAAGAUCAAGGCCAGUCUAGUGUGAAAGUAAUGUGCAGGCUAUGCUAUUUCGGUGAAAAUGAAGGAAGUGAGAGAGCAAUGAAGAUGCUUUCAUGCAAAAGUUGUGGCAAGAAGUAUCAUAGGAGCUGCCUGAAAGCUUGGGCUCAAAGGAGAGACUUAUUUCAUUGGAGUUCGUGGACCUGUCCAUCGUGCCGAAUAUGUGAGGUCUGCCGAAGGACUGGAGAUCAGACUAGAUUCAUGUUCUGUAAAAGGUGUGAUGGUGCAUACCAUUGUUACUGUCAGCAACCUCCUCACAAGAAUGUUAGCAAUGGACCUUAUUUGUGCCCUAAACAUACAAGGUGUCACAGCUGUGGAUCUAAUGUCCCUGGAAAUGGUCUAAGCGUAAGGUGGUUUCUGGGUUAUACCUGCUGUGAUGCUUGUGGAAGGUUGUUUGUCAAGGGAAAUUACUGCCCUGUUUGUUUGAAGGUUUACAGAGAUUCUGAAUCAACACCUAUGGUUUGCUGUGAUGUUUGCCAGCGCUGGGUGCACUGUCAGUGCGAUGGGAUCAGUGAUGAUAAAUAUAUGCAGUUUCAAGUUGAUGGAAAUCUUCAAUACAAAUGCGCCACAUGCCGUGGAGAAUGCUACCAGGUGAGGGAUCUUGAGGAUGCUGUUCACGAGCUCUGGAGGAGGAGAGAUGAAGCUGACCGUGAUUUGAUUGCAAGCUUGAGAGCAGCUGCUGGGUUGCCAACUCAAGAUGAAAUAUUUUCUAUUUCACCUUAUUCGGAUGAUGAAGAAAGUGGCCCUAUUGUAAAGAAUGAAUAUGGUCGUUCGUUGAAGUUUUCUCUUAAAGGGUUAGUGGAUAAAUCACCAAAGAAGACCAAGGAGUCUGGAACGAAACCCCCAAAUAAGAAGUUUGUUAAGAAGAAGGGUCACCAUGCAUCCUUAAUUAGCAAGUCAGGGGCACAUCAGAGUUUCGAAGGACAGAGUGAUCCACCGUUAUUUGGGUAUAACAGGGAUGAUGACAUGCUGUCCCACAGAAGCGGAGAACCUUUUUCUUCUCCAGUUGCUGGAAGUUUGAGUGAAGGGAUAUGCUCUAUCAAUCAGGCAGGGGUCCUGAAACACAAGUUCAUUGAUGAUGUUACAGUAGGCAAUGCAAGUACGAAAUCAAGACUUGGAAACAUUAAGAGUGGUAAACCUCACAGCUUGGGUUUUGGGAAUGACACUAGUAAAGAUGCUGGCAAGUCUCAGAUUACGAACACAAAAGGACCAAAGCUAGUUAUACAUUUAGGUGCACGAAAUCGGAAUGUAACUAGUCCUCCAAGGUCUGACGCUUCUAACUAUCGAAGAGGGCAAGAGUUGACAGCCUCCAAUGGCAGUGAAGAUGCGGAUCAUGAGCAAGCGGCUAAAAGGCAGACGUUGGACAGACACACCAAAGUUGGUGAUGAAAAAGGAGGUAAUUACGCUGCACAACUAAAAGGUCCGAAGAUGAGAGGAAAAGAGGGCAACUUGAUAAAGAUCAGAAAAAGUAACCCAGAAGUCUCUGACGUGAGCCCUAAGUUUGGUGGCGGGAAUAGGGAUGAUGGAUGUGAAACAGUUUCGCCAGAUGACCCUCAUGCUUCAUCGGGGAGACGAAGCGUUGAAGAAAGUCCGGCUGUGGUGGAUGGUGCAAACAAAUACCCUGCAAUAAAAGGUCAAAAGGUGUAUCUGAGGAAGAAUGUGGAAGGUAGGUCUGAAGCAUUAAAUGGUGGCAACAAUGAGAGCAACCAUACACCUUCAGUGUCACAAUCUAUGCUAAGGGAUUCCAAACCUUUGCUGAAGCUCAAGUUCAAGAAUCCUUAUCACGACAAUCAAAGUUCGUGGGCUCCUCUGGGUGAGGAUGAGAAGAGUUCUGUUAAGGGACAAAGGUCCAAAAGAAAGAGACCAUCGCCCUUCAUGGGGAAAACUUCUACUAGGGAGGACGAAGAUGUCUCGCAGCAGCAUGGAGAUGAUACGAUGGAUGAGAUCAUGGAUGCUAAUUGGAUACUGCAGAAAUUGGGCAAAGAUGCGAUUGGAAAGAGAGUGGAAGUCCAUCAGCCGUCGGAUAAUUCCUGGCACAAGGGAGUGGUAAAAGACGUCAAUGAAGUCAAAUCAACUGUUUCUGUUUCUCUAGAUGAUGGAAGGGCCAAGAACUUGGAACUGGGGAAGCAUGGAAUUCGCUUUGUUUCUCAGAAGCAAAAGCGUGGGAACACACAAGGUUGAACUUAAUGGGUAUGGAAACACUACCAAAAGACUUUCCAUUUUUAUGGAUGGUAUUCUGGAAAGCAGAGACUGUCCAGACUAUGGAGGAUUAUCUUGUGCAGGAGGUUUCCUCAGGUCCUUCAGGAUUCAAGAAUUAGACCUUUUCUUAUCUGCUCAAAUUUCUGCCAGGUUUGUACAUUACCAAUGUAGCCGGUUGGGGAUUGGUUUACUACCAAGAACUAACCUCAGCCGGUUGGAAGGUGCCUGAGCAUAAUAAAAGGUUCUUUGUGGGCAUCGUGCCCUCUCUCAUGUGUGGGCAUCCGCUGUAAUUUGUGCCCUCUCUCAUGUGCGGGCAUCUGCUGUAAUUUGCGCCCUCUCUCAUGUGGUAAACUGAGUCGUCCUUAUUGCCAUCCAUAAAUUUAUAAAUUUUAGGUUACAUCCGAUGGCAGUGUGGGCUAUGUACAUGUAAUCUCUUCAUGUAUUAGGUUUUUCUUUUCUUUUUUUUUUUUUCAUUCAGAGAGAUUAGUUUUAAUCGUUAAAGAUGAUUGUUGUCUGUGCAUCAUCAUUCUAAAGUUUAUUUGUUCUUUUCUGGAGAUUUUUGUUGAAACACGGUAUUAAAAAGGAAAGCGUCUGUAUGUUUUGCC